CUUUAUGAUCGUGCACAGCCUCCUGUGGCAGCAGAAAGAACCCUGCACUUCGAAUCAGAAUGCUUGGGGAUGGAAGCCCAGCUCUGUCUCCAUCAGCUGAGACUUGGCUUCCUGGAAGAACCCUGUUGGAGGCUGUUUCUGUGAAUCGAAGGAGAAGGACAGGAGCGAGAAUGUCAGCACUCAACUGGCAGCCCUUUGUGUACGGAGGGCUGGCCUCCAUCACAGCUGAAUGCGGUACAUUUCCAAUUGAUUUGACCAAGACACGGCUCCAGAUUCAAGGCCAGACAAAUGAUGCAAACUUUAAAGAAAUUCGGUAUCGAGGAAUGUUACAUGCGUUAGUGAGGAUAGGCCGAGAAGAAGGCCUAAAAGCAUUGUACUCGGGGUUUGACAGGAUUGCCCCUGCGAUGUUACGCCAGGCUUCCUAUGGCACCAUCAAGAUAGGCACUUACCAGAGCUUGAAGCGAUUGUUUGUGGAACGCCCAGAAGAUGAAACUCUUCUGAUUAAUGUGGUCUGUGGAAUUCUCUCUGGAGUUAUAUCCUCAGCCAUUGCCAAUCCAACUGAUGUUUUGAAAAUACGGAUGCAAGCACAGAGCAGCACCAUCCAAGGAGGAAUGAUAGGCAACUUCAUUAACAUUUACCAGCAAGAGGGAACCAGAGGACUGUGGAAGGGAGUGUCCCUCACUGCUCAGAGGGCCGCCAUCGUUGUCGGCGUGGAGCUGCCGGUCUACGACCUCACCAAGAAGCACCUGAUUCUCUCAGGCCUGAUGGGAGACACUGUGUACACUCACUUCCUCUCAAGCUUCACCUGUGGUCUGGCAGGGGCACUGGCCUCCAACCCUGUGGAUGUUGUGAGAACACGUAUGAUGAAUCAGAGAGUCCUUCGUGAUGGCAGAGGCUCUGGGUGCACAGGUACCCUGGAUUGCUUGUUACAGACAUGGAAGAAUGAAGGAUUUUUUGCUCUAUAUAAAGGGUUUUGGCCAAAUUGGUUGAGACUUGGUCCUUGGAAUAUCAUUUUCUUUGUGACAUAUGAGCAGCUGAAGAAGUUGAAUUUAUGACAAGUCAAGGCUGCAUGAGACAUCCCUCUGAAAGUGCUAACUUCCAAAACAGUAAAGCUUCCUGUGUUUCCCACUGCUUCUCACUGCUUGGCUCGUCACAGAUUCCGAGGUGUGAGCAACCG